GAAAUUUAAUUAAAAUAUAUUUUGGUACUGAAUAUCUGGCAGAAGUUCAUUCUUCAUUAAAUAAUGCUGAUCGAUUAAGAUAUCAUGUAGAUAAAAUACAAAAAGAAAUUAAUCCACAAGGAACUGAUCUUUCAUUUAAACGUGUAGCAGAGGAUAAAAUAAAUGAAUUUGAGAUUAAUUAUUUUAUUACAGAACAUAGAUUAACUCUUACUUUUACCCGAGUAUUUACUAAUAAUGCAACAGCUGCACAAGCAAAAGGAUAUGGAAUGGCAUUAAAUAAAAUGGACAAUACUAAAAAUUGGGAAGAACAUUUAGUUCAAAUCUUAAAAUCCUGUCAAGAAUACAUGAAUAACGAAGUUUGA